AUGAAAGAAGCCACAUAUGGCUGGUAUCCCUCUGCCAACGACAUAUACAGACCAAAGGGAAGGCCGUCUUCGCAUCAUUUACAGUGCCUUUACAAAUUUCAUGGUUACCGAGGGCAGCCUGUUGUACACCAAGCGGAACUUUUUGUAAGAGGUGUUUCCAGUUCUACAACACCAGACCUGUCACAACACACUAAGCGUAUAUCAAAAUCAGCGCCGAUUCCGAAACUGCGCACAGAAUCCAUUAUCCAUAUCCCGAUGCCCACUCAAUGUUGGUCCAAAUGUGCAACACAAGAAACUCAAUGGGGUCUGGUUGGUGACCACAGCCCUAAGACACCUGAUCCGCUAUCUAAAGUCAGUUGGCCAAUUCUUCAAGAUGGCAACCAGCUGCAGCUCAAAGCAGAGAAGACUGCCCAACAAAACCAGCGUCAGUUGCUGAUGGAGCAUGUUCCGAAGCCACAGGAAAGAUACGUUUUGGAGGGACGCCAAAUCCCACAACAUGCCUGGGGUUUUCGUCAACAAAGCCAGGAUUUUUCAGAUUCAUCGUCCGAAUCUAGUUCCAGACUAACAUGGCCAAAUGCACACAGGGCACAGCCAGCGAGACCUCAAAGCUCCGCUUCUAGACAGUCCGAUGUUCAUCCACAAGAACGGUCUGUGGGUAACAGGCAGCGACCAUCGUCUUCUCCGGCAAGGUCAUCGCUUUCUUCAGUUCAGGGUCACAAGAGCACGAGGUCACCAUUGACACCAGCGCCACCAAACAAGGGCAACAAUUCAUCCGUAAAACUAUGUUGCAGGACCCAGAGUGCAACAGUUCGCCAGCAGAAGACACGGCUACCUACGAGACCAGUCACUGCAUUCUCAGACAAACAUUCGAUGCAAGAACAAGAACCAAUGGUUCUCAGUUCCUCUCAUUGUGGCACUGACAUCAUACUCCCAGAAACAGCUGCUGCUCCAGUUCAGCUUCCCAACAACAGCUAUGACUCUGCUGGUUGUCCUGGGGCCACAGAAUCGUCCAGAUCUUCCUCCUACGACAAAGAAGACUCCGUGGACGAAAGCUAUGAGUCAGUUGUGGAGAGAUAUGGUUGGCGAGCCCAGAUCCACGGAGAUCCUUAUCAACUGAAAAGGCCGGUGAAACGGGAAAGUUAUACAGUCCAGUGCACAGCCCCAGAUACUCUGCCAGACCCUCCUAGCGUCCACAUGGAAACCAAAGAUCCGUUUUUCUACAACACGAUCCCCAGGAAAGCCUUGAGUUUCUCAGUCGACAGAGAGUGGAUGUCCGAGCUGCUGCUCGCCAAGAGGCUGGAGUUGCAGAAGCGGGACAAUGGCAUUAGAUACAGCUACAAAAAGUUCGCAUUUGUGUACUAA